AUGGGCAACGUGGAGGCGACGUCGUCCAUCGUGCCACCGGAGCUCGGCCACGCGCUGGUCAAGGUGGCCGUGUUCGCGGUGGUGCAGGCGCUGGUCUACCUCAUCCUGCGCAAGUCGUCGGACGUCUUCGCCCCGGGGAAGACGACGGCGAGGUCGUUCAGCUUCCGGCCGAUGCGGAGCAUGAGCGUCCGCCGCGUGCUGGCCGCCUUCUCCGACGUCCCCGUCGGCGUCCCGGAGCCGGAGGACGGCGCUGGCGCCGCGCCGUCGCCUUCGCCGGUGGACCCCGGGGAUGGGCCUGCCAGCUGCUUCAAGUGA